AUGGAAGGAAAACAAAAUAGAUCAGAUGCUACCGGAAACAAAACUUCCUUUUCAAAGAAGACAUCCAAAAGGGUUUGGGAUUCUAUAGCAGCUUAUACCGUUCAGUGUGAAAAAUGCUCUAAAUGGAGGUUCAUUCCCACAAAGGAGAAGUAUGAGGAGAUACGAGAAAGGCUAGCAGAACAACCUUUCUUUUGUGAAACAGCACGUGAGUGGCGUCCUGACUUAAGCUGUGAUGAUGAACCAGAUGUUGUACGAGAUGGAAGCUGGCGUUGGGCAAUAGACAAGCCCAGUAUUCCUCAAUGUCCUCCUGGUUGGCAACGGAUUUUACGAAUCAGAGCUAAAGGAGGCACUAAAUUUGCUGAUGUGUAUUAUGUAGCACCAUCUAGCAAGCGAUUACGAUCAAUGAUGGAAGUUCAGAGUUACCUGAACGAACAUCCAGAACUCCCAGGUUUAACAGCUUCUCAGUUCUCAUUUCAAAUCCCCUCACCUUUGGAGGAAAAUUAUGUACGGAAGCGUCAUGCUCGUUCUGUUACUUUGCAUGACAUGAGUGACACUGUGAUUCCAGUCAAUCCCACAUCUUGGGUCAUUUCAGACCAGAAGAGAGACCCGCACUUGAGUGGGGAGGGGAACUCUAUUUCAUAUGUUGAGGCUCCUGCUCAAAGUUGA